GGAGGUCAGGCGCGUGCGCCGGAGGGGAGCCUGGCGCAAUGGCCAUCGGCGGGCCGCUGCGGCUGGCCGUCCCACCGUGCCAAGUGCGCCGUCCGGAGACUGGCCGCGGAUCUGGAGAACGCCGAUGAGAAACACAAUGGAAAUACUGAUGUAAGAAUUAUACAAAUUCAGAAUGGGUCCAGAUGUCCCUCUACUGAACGACUACAAACAAGAAUUUUUUUGGAAACGGUUUCCACAGACAAUACUUGGAGGGCCACGAUUCAAACUUGGAUAUUGUGCUCCACCUUACAUCUAUGUUAACCAGAUCAUCUUGUUCCUGAUACCUUGGGUUUUUGGUGGUAUAGGGACUGUUCUCUACCAGCUAAGUACUUUGGAAGAUUAUUGGGCAUCAAUUCUUGCUGCAGGUUUGAUGUUGCUGGCAGCUUUAAUUGUUCAAGGCAUGAAUCUUUGGGUGAGACGGAAGAGUGUAGUUGUCGAAACCUUCACUCCCGAAAAUACUUUGGCAGAUGAAGAUGAAUUUGAUUUUUCCAGCUGUGCUGGGUCCGAAACAAUAAAAUUCAUCAUACCUGGAAAAAAAUAUUUUAUCAAUACAGUUCUUCACUCCAUUCUGGCUGGAGCACUAUGUGGCCUUGGAACAUGGUAUUUAUUGCCUAACAGGCUAAUGAUACUAUAUGUCAACACAGGAGCAACUGCUGUGCUUUUUAUUUUUGGUUGGGUGACUGUAUGCAUUGGAGAAUAUUCAUUAAUAAUAAAUACUGCUGUAGAGACUGCUACAUUCCAACCACAAGAUACAUAUGAAACCAAUGCUCUUACUAGACCCCUUUAUAUUUUUGCCUUUGUAGCAGUGGAUCUGGCUUUCAGGUUUACUGUAAAUCCAAUCCUGCUUCAAACAGCUCAGAUUUUACACAUUAUUUUUGUAUUUCUGCCUGUCUUUUGGGCGAUUGGUAUUUUGCCUCCUGUGGAUGCACUCAUUGUAUGGGUUCUUGAACAAGUCUUGGAAUUUAUAUUUGGAGGUUCACCCAUGGCAACCAAUGUAAGGCUGUUCGUUAUAUUUACUCUGUCGACUGCAGUGGUGAUUGCAACAUUCUUUAUUCCCACCUCCCUUGGUGUAGUUCUCUUCACAACUGGAAUGGGAUUUAUCCUUAGCCUUGAUCUCAGUCAGAUAGAGACUUCAUUCAGAUUCUGCUGCAAGACAGCUGAUGCCUCUUUAGAAUAUCCUAAACAUUAUAAUCAUCGAAUUGGAUGGCAGUUUGGCUGGAAAGAAAUCUUGAUUUAUAUUAGUCUUCUUGCAAUGAUACUUGUUGAAGCUGGAUUAUUGCAUUAUUUUGCAAAAAAUUUAACUACAUCUGGAACAAGUGCACAGACCAUUUUAAGCUAUAUCUUAAUAGUAACAUUAGUAGGAUGGAAGAUUUGCCAGGAGAUUCAAGGUGUAUUUAUUUUUGGAUUAUUUCGGAAUCCUUUCUUUCCCAAAGGCAUACAAACUGUUGAAGUAUUUAAGCAAAAACGAGCAACGUUGAUGAAGGUUGCCUUAAUUCAAAGGAUUCUUCGCAAUUUCAUUUCUCCAUUUGCCAUGGUAGCCUUUCUCUCAGUGGAUUCUUCACUACAGUAUCUCCACACAGCAUCCCUUUGUAUUGGGUUCACACGAGCUUUUCGCAUGGUUUGGCAACAUACAGAGAAUGCACUUUUGGAAGUGGUUGUGAUAGCAAUUGUGCAACUUGCCACAUUGCAUUCAAGUUUAGUGUGGUGGAGCAACUUGGGCACAGGAAUUCAACUUUUAAUGGUUGGUAUUAUACGAGAUCGCUUCUUUCAAGCAGUUACCAAAUUCAAGUUUGCUUUGACUGUACUUAUCUCCUCUUGGACAGAGAAGAAGCAACGUCGCAAAUCUUCCAGUACCAUAAUCAUUUUGAACAUCAUUUUGUUUCCAGUUGUGCUGACAAUCAUUGCUCUUGCCUCAGCACUUUCAGCCCCUUUACUACCGCUGUUUACACUUCCAGUGUUUUUGGUGGGAUUCCCACGACCCAAUAAAAGCUGGCCUGGAUCUGUGGGUGCUGCUGCAUGUAUAUAUCCUGAUUCAGUAUAUUACCAGCAUAUGAAGCAAAACCUGGCUGCAGCAUUUUGUACAGCAUUUUCAGCUGGCAGCUUGAGAAAUCCUACACCCGGCUCUCAUUACUUGUGCCGCUUUCAGGAUCGUCUUGUAUGGGUUUUAAUUUUAGAAAGAGGUUUUCGUUACUGCUGCAUUAAUAUUAAGGGUUUAGAGCUGCAAGAAACAUCUUGCCAUACUGCAGAAGCUCGACGAGUGGAUGAAGUGUUUGAAAUGAGCUUUGAACAAAGUGAACAAGCAAAAACCUGCUCUUUAAAUCAACAUUUUGGCAACAUUUUGACUCCAUCCACUGUACUACCAGUGCAGGUUUACUCUGAUGCACGGAAUGUAUUAACAGGAAUCAUUGACUCUCUGGAAAAUUUAAAACAUCUAAAGGAAGAUUUUGUUAAAGUUUUUAUAUGGGUACUUUUACAUUACAUAAAUAAUAAAUCAAAAUCUGAAAACAUUCCAGACAAUCAGCCACUACAACAAAAUACUACCUGGUUAGAAGGAAAUACAGUUACUUCAAUGCAAACAGAAUCUUCUAAAGGUCAUAAGGAUUCAUUUAGCAUAAAUUCAGAAAUAUUUCCUGAUUGGUCAGAUGACGAUAUAUUUGAACAAGAGUCCAUAGGAAAAAAGACUGAAAUAUGUCUAGUUAAAAACACUACAGGUAUGCAGCAAAGGACAACAGAACCUAUUAGAGCAUCGAUUCCUGGGAGCCUUGAAACACAAAGCUUAACCUCUGAUAUAAAUGAAGAAGAAUUACCAAAACAAACACCAGUGUAUGGACUUCCUGCAACUGAUAAAGGAAAAUGUGUAUUAAUGGAGACAAACACCCAUGAAGUGGGCUCAGUUGUUGUUUUCAGUUCUCCUUAUUCACAUAAGCUAAAAGUGCCAGAGAAUUGGUUAUCAGGGCCGUUCUUGCCACUGCUGCUUCAAGAACUGUUGAAAUCCUUCCCUGAGGAUUGGUAUUCAUUUGUUCUUGGUCUUUUGAAUGUUUUCCACUGUAAUGAAAAACAUUCUAUUAUCUUGGAACUGAUAAGAGAUACAACUUUGAAGGAUAUGUAUUCCCAUGUGGUAAUGACUUGUUGUGGUGUAAUGCUUGGAACUGACUCCACAAUCCCAAGCCCCAAUCAGAUCUUCAAACUGUAUUCCGGAGAUAUACCAUGGUCUUUAGGUUUAGACUGGUUGACUCAAAAACCAGAGCUGCUUACACUUGCACUAAAGGCAUUCAGAUAUACCUUCAAGCUGAUGUUUGACAAAGCCAGUCUUGGUCCGGUUGAAAGUUUUGCUGAAUUAGUGAAUUACUUGGAAGAGUAUGAUAGGAAUUGGUUCAUUGGAAUGGUAUCAGAGCCCCAGUGGCAGCAGUCAGUAUUACAGGAGAAACCAUAUCUUUUUUCCUUGGGCUAUGACCCCAGUCUGAGCUUGUAUACGGGACGUGUACUGUCACUUCAAGAAAUGUUAUUGCAUGUUGGACGGUUAAAUGCAGAAGCAAUAAGAGGUCAGUGGGCCAACUUGUCUUGGGAGCUACUGUAUGCCACAAACGAUGAUGAGGAACGAUACAGCAUACAAGCACAUCCUGUGCUACUGAGAAAUUUAACCGUGCAGUCAGCUAAUCCUCCCCUUGGCUAUCCCAUCUAUUCAUCUCCACCAAUUCAUGUGUCUUUAUUCUAAAUGUAAUUUAUAGUACUGGUCAAUCAACUGAGCUAUUACUAUAGAAACAUUGAAAAUCAAAUGUCCUCACACUUUGGUACAGAUUCAAAAUUAACUAAUAUGAUUAAGUGCACUACUUGGAAACGUGUCAGCUAUGCAAAAAUAAUCCAGUUUAUUGCCAGGGUAAUUGUAAAAUUAGUUUUCUUCCAAGUUUUUGUUUAGAAUUAAUAGAUUUGUGUAUACUUGGAAAGGAGUUGAUGACAGAGUAGUUGAAAAAUUAAACAGGACUGCAGCCCUACUACUUCUGGAAAGUAUGAACUGUUGAAUUAUGCUCAACUGUGAUCCCUCUGUGUUCUUAAAGUAUGCCAAUAUUUGGAUUAAGAAAAUGAAAAUAUAAGAACUAUGAACCUGUAUUUCAGCAUGUGCCAGUCUCAUUCAAGAGUAGAAUGCAGUUCAAUAUAUUUUCUGCAAACAUUUUAAAAUCUGAAGUGAUGCCAGAUUUUUUAAGCCAUGAGACUGAAGAAUUCUAAAUGUCUCAUUGCCAAAGAUCUCAUUACAUCAAAUAGAAGAAUUGUAAAAAAAAGAUGUUUUUCUUUUUUUAUUCUUUUAAAAGUAAACAAACUUUUGCCAUAAAUUGCUGAUACCAAAAAUGAUAUUUUAUGCAUUCUGUUUUUGAUGAGAGCAUUUUAGUUUCAGGGCAAGUAGUCUAAUUCAAGAUGACACAAAUUUAAAUGAAGUUUUGGAGCUAUCACUGAGGUUAAAAUCUGAUAUUAAUAUCCUCUGGCACUUGGAAUUAAAUUAUGUAUGUAUUUGUUAAUUUUUUGAUGAAUUUUUAUUUGGAAGCAAGAAUUUAGGGUAGUAUUGUAAAUUAUUUUUAUUAAUUCUAUGAACUUAUUUCAUAGUCAGGUACAAUGUUGGUACAGUGAACUGGUACUGAUUAUUUCAAUAAUUGCCACUUUCUGAUCUGAGCUAUACUGUGGUAUUCAUCUACAAUCUGAGAGGAAAAGUCUGAAAAUUCCCAAACAGGUACCGCACCAUCUGAUACUAUCACAAGCCAAAAUAAAAUACAGAAGGAACUUAUAUGCACUGUAAAGGAAAUGUACUAAAAAUGAAAUAACUCAGUAAAAUUAUAAAGCAUUAGUAGAGCGCCAGAAAACAUGCAUUUGUUUAAGAACGUUUUUAAAAUUUUCAAACACGCAAGAAUUAAUCUUCAGCAUUAUUAAUAGUGCCUUUUAAGUGUUGCACAAUAUGAAUUGUUUAAUAAAUCCUUUCACUGUCCAAUUAAUAUAAUAUUUCAUAGUAUGCUGGUAUUGUAGUUCAGUUUUUCAGAGAUGAGCAAUAAUUUUUUUAAUCAAAUUUGUUAAGAGUUGUAGAUUUGUAUAUAUUGAAGUUACAAUAAAGAUGUGUACAAGCA